AUGGGCUGUACGUUUCUCAUUGAUAGUAAUCUUCCCAUCAACACAGAGGAUGAGAAAGUGGCCAAGGUACUGCGUGACUUCAACGUCACCUACCACGAGACCACGGAUCUACCCCUGAUCGGCCGAGAGAUCAGAGCGCACAAGCCUGACAUUGCGUAUAUUCCAUCGGCCGACUGGCACCGUUCCCUCCGCGACGGCGACCGCCACUAUAGCGGGCUGGUGAUCCCAACCUCCAAAUUCACCGGCAAAACAGACCUUCCGAGCGUCCUAGUAGUGCGCCGGGACGAUCCCGCGACGAGCCUCGUGGAUCUCCGGGGUGCUAGUUAUGGCUACAUUAACAAGUCAUGCACGUCGAGCUACUUUCCACCGAUUGUGAUGCUCCACCGUAAAGGGAUGUGCGCUGACGAGUUUUUGGAUAUGCGCCCCGUCAAGGCGUGGCAGGGUCAAAUUGACGCCGUGGUCGACGGCGAGGUGCGCGCAACCAUGGUGCCCGAGGACACGUGGCGCAUUUUAGGGGCCAAUGCCGAGACUACCAAGAUCAUUGACCGGUUUGAGGAGGGAAAACCGGGCAUUGUAGUUGCGCGGUGUGAUCUGGACCAAAAGUUGCGUGCCGAGCUGACAGAUGCCUUGGUGGAAUGGACACCGUCAUCGUGUUCGAUUUAUAGUCGAUUCAAGCCUUUCCAACAGGAGGAUACAGAGUCGCUCUUUCGGCAACUUGAUCAGCUUCCUCCUGGAUCAUGA